GCCGCCUUGCCCCGGAAGUGCGCCGAUCACCCGGGUGACCCUGAGCCCUGCGGCCGCCAUGGGGGCGCACCUGGUGCGGCGGUACCUGACCGAGCCCGACGUGGAGCCCGAGCCCGGCUCCGUGCCCAGCUUCCCGCCCGACCUCGGCUUCCCCGAGCGCCGCAAGCGCGAGAUGAUUGCAACGCAAGAAGAAAUGAAUGCUGCCCAGCUGCCCCUGAGCCAGCGCGAUUACUGUGCCCACCACCUCAUCAAGUUCCUCAAGUGCAAGCGGGACAUGUGGCCCAACUUCCUGGAGUGUAAACACGAGCGACACGACUGGGACAAGUGCGAGCACGAGGAUUACGUGAUGCGCAUGAAGGAGUACGAGAGAGAGAGGCGUCUGCUGAUGAGGAAGAAGUUGACGGAGAAGAGCCAGGCAGCAUAACGAGUGAUCCUGGACCAGUCUGAAUCAUUCUUCUGAGAACUAGUCUGCAGGAGAGAUGGGUGAAAUUUUGUACAUAAUUCUAUCUCCUGAAAUCAAUAAAGUUGUUGUUCUAAACCUA